AUGGCCGAGCAAGUUAAGUCGAUCAUCGACAUCCUCAGUAAGGCAACAUUCAAAAAACCCUUUAAUAUCAUCAGCUUCGACAACUUAGAACCCCUCCAACUUCUUCAAGUGCUGAACGAUGUCUUCGCUUAUAUCGACUCGAGGAACAAGAUGGACCUCAGAGAAGAAACCCCAGAAGAUAUGGCACACAGGAUGCUGAAGUUCUUGUCUGUUCUGAAGUACAAUCCUGAGUGUAGUGUUCAGGAGUUCCAGGCGGGUAUUAUUACGGGUGAGAAGAGUGUGUUGUAUCAGACUCUAGUUUGGGUGUUACAAAACGUGGAGGGACUCAAGACUAGAGCUUAUCUUGGCAGGUAUUUGGUGAAAGUAGAGGUUCCUGAGGAAAUCUUGCAAGACGAUGAAGUAGAGAAGAUAAAUACGGAGUAUAUCGAACUACUGGAAGAGUUCAAAACAGUCCACAAAGCUACAGACAAGUUAAAGAGUAAUCAGUACACGGCUGCGGAUAUCAAGAAGGAUAUACAGCAGAUGGAACAGGAAAACGAACAACUUACUAAAACUAUUGAGAGAAAGAAAGCAAGGGUUGAGUCGAUGCUUAAUAUAAACGAGUUGCUGCAGCAGCACGGAGCCUACGAAGAGAACAGAGAGAAGGCAAACUUUUUGGACCAAAGCACGGCCAGAAACAGCAGUGCAGGUUGCGGAGAACAAGUUUCAGAGGGACUAUGUCUCAACUUAAGUGUACUUGAACCAGCAAUGACAGAGGAUGAUGUUCGAGGAACUUCUAGAAAAAAGCACAGGAACUGCAAAUCAGAGCUGAACGGAGCUGCACCAGCAGAGAAUGUCUAA